AUGUCCACCUUCACAUGCCCACCAACAUCUGGAUCCAAAGAAUAUUUCUCCAUCUCUUUUAAGAACAAGAAAAUGCCCCAAAUCACUCGCAAAUUCCAUUAUUCAGCCGUCGUCGUCUCCCCUCGUCUCGUCUCGUCGUCUCCCGGCGCUCUCAUCGCGACUCGCACUCCGUUGACCAUCACCACCCACCCAUCCGCAAACAUAGCAUUUGCCGACCCUCUCGCCAUGAGUCAGCGGCGGAAACGGUCGAUACUGCCCCGUCUGAGCGUGGAUGACCCUCAUAGCGCGUUGCUGCUGGGAGAAGUGCCCCGCAAGCGCCGUCUGGGCGUGCUCUCGCUGGUGUUUACCUGGUUGAGGCGAGCCACCAACCCGUCGGGUUCCAAAAGCGAUCUGCCGCUUAACCAAGCCACCGACAAUUCCAUUGCGCUGUCAGUGACCCAGGAACCACUUGACGACGUCGCUAUCCUGGUGAAAAAGCUGCGGCUCUCAAUCGUGCCCCCAACCCUGGCCGAUGAAAUACCAAGACUGCUGGUGCUGAUGAAACGGGACAUGUACACCACCUACUACAAUUUGAAGACCCGCAGCGAAGACGAGCAUAACGAUUUGGAACGGAGGCUUUCCACUGCCUAUGGAAGCUUGCUUAAGCGACCACCUUUCGUGCUUGGCUCUGCCAGUGUUAUGGCUGAGGUUCAAGGGGAUGUUGAAACCGAUGACGGGCUGCCGAUUCCUGAUCUUUCUCAAUUAACAGGUACUCUGGCCCACCUGAGACAGCCGCUGGUAAUUAUCCACUCGCUGGCGAUGCCAGUUGAGGAGCUGGAUCAAGAGUCAGUGGUGUCGUUAGACGACGACUACGGGCUGAUGGUGUAUGCCGACGACGAAGGGAACUUAGUGAGACCUCCAUUCAUCAAUGUUGACCCCAGGGAACGCUACCAGAUCCUUCAGAUGAAGCGGCAAAUCGACACCGUUCACGAGUACCAGGGGAUGAUGAGAUACAUGCAAAACCCUAACGAGACGAAGCUGAAAAUUACCAAGAAUAAUAAGGUAGAAACGGCGACGCAAACGCACGACGUCGACAACCUAUACCGCUCCCUCCAUUUCGCUCGUCGCCGCCAGCAGAAUCAGGCUAAUGGUACUUUUAAGGGUGAUCCUAGCUCUAUUAAUGUGGUUAAACCGACUUCUGACUCUACUACGACCGGCACUCGUCGCCAGCGACGCAAACCGUUAGGUUGUUACGGCAUCAAGUACGACCCAGAGAAGAAACCGCUGGCGACCAAGGGACCCAACCCGUUGGACGGCUAUUUGGGCCGCGUGUCUAAGCCGAAGUUUACCGAUAAAAAGACUGGCAAAUCGCUCCUUUCGGGACCGCAAAGAGACCCGAAAUUGCUCAGCAAGCGAGAAGUACCCACAUUGGAUGCUGACUACUUGGAAAAGCUGAAACAAGCGGAAGCUGCGAAUGCUGGAGAUGAGAAACUGGAGGCCAAGCCAGCCACUACUACCAAACCGGUGAGUGCCCCGAGUGCGGCAUUUAAAUUCGGCAACCCUUCUGCUUCUAAAACUGCCAUCAAUACCACUACUGACUCUACCACCGCUCAGCAUAAGAUUGCUUUACCUUUGCUGAAACCGGAGGAGUCUACUACUACUACCACCGAAGCUAAACUGACGCCGUCGUUCCUGAUUGGUAAACCUCUGGCUGCGGCUGCUACCACUACUACUGAAGACGACGAUGACUCUGGUCGUAAACGCAAGCGCCGCAUUGGUGGUGACUCUGAAUCGCUGACUACUCCUUCGUCAUCUUCUUUGUUUGGCGGAUCAUCAAAGCCUCUUGAGAAGUCCACCUCCUUGUUUGGUGCCGCUAAACCGGCGGAAACUAAGUCUUCUGAAGCUUCAAAGUUCAACUUUGGUGCACCUAAGACUGAUGCCAAACCUGUGGAAGCGUCCAAAUUUGAUUUCGGUAUCCCUAAAACCGAUAGCAAAACUUCGGACAAGCCUAGCUUCAACUUUGGUGGAGCGACCAAGACUGACGGUAAAGCUCCGGAAAAGCCUGCUUUCAACUUCGGUAGUCAAACUAAGACUGAUGACAAGGCUCCGGCUAAGCCUGCGUUCAACUUUGGUGGAGCCAAGCCGGCCGAAAAGACCGCUGACGAACCUGCCGCAAAAGCUGACGAUAAGCCGGCGGGAAGCACAACUUUCACCUUUGGUGGCGCUAAACCGGCUGAAAACUCCGCUACCCCAUCGUUUUCGUUUGGUUCGGCUAACAAGCCCGCUACCGACAAGCCCACCCCGUCCUUCUCGUUUGGUAAACCAGUUGAAACUUCGGCUCUGCUGACGCUGUUGUUUGGAGCAGCCAAACCUGCCGAAGCUGACAAGCCUGCUGCUGCAGACAAGCCUGCUGACACGCCCUCGUCUCUCUUCGGUGGUGCGAAGCCGGGUGAUGCGGCAGGCGCCAAGCCCUCGUUCACAUUUGGAACGAAGCCAGCAACUUCAGAUAAGCCCCUGUUUUCGUUUGGGACGAAGCCUGCUGAAUCCACUGCUGCCUCUACCGACAAGCCGUCGUUUAGUUUUGGCGGCAAACCAGCAACGCUGACCGAUACCGCGGCGCUGACAGCGACCAAGCCCACUACCACGGGCCUCUUUGGUACUCCUCCUGCCACUGGCGACACCACCACGUCGGCUAACUCUACGGCUACUACUACUGGUGGAGCUAAUGGCAAGCCAGCGUUUUCGUUUGGUGCCUCAUCGACAGAAAAGCCUGCGGAAACUACUACCAAGCCGUUUACCCUCGGCACGGCGUCACCAGCACCUCUGGGUACUCUGCUGCUGUUAUUCGGCAGCAAACCUGACGCUGCCUCCACCUCACUGGGGUUCCAAUUCGGCAAAGCCACCACUGCUCCUGCUGCUGGCACCACGCCUACUCCUGAUAACAAGCCCAGCCAGCCGUUCACUUUCGGCAAAGCCGAGACGCCAGCGAUUGCUCCGGCAUCGUCAACCUCAGGCAUUCCCGCGAUACCGUCGGUGCCGCUGUUCAACUUUGGCGCUGUCCAGCCGCCGACGUUCGGCGGUAAUUCGGCUCCUGCCCUUGGUGGCUCCACCACGUCCACUCCCUUUGCCAACAACAACGCUGCUACGCCUGCCUUUGGUCAAGCUAAUCAAGCGAACCAACCGCUGGCACCUGUGUUUGGUUCUACCUCAGCGUUUGGUAGCAACGCGCUGACGCCUCAACCUCAACCUCAAUCUGGAGGGUUUGGCUUCCAACUGAGAGAACUGACCCCCGUGGCUAACCCUAACUUCAAGUUCGCUAAAGGUGUCAAUUUUGGUACCACUUCUGGGGGUCUUGGUGGGGCCGCGAACCCUGGUGGUUUUGGCAACAACGCACUGGUGCCGCAGUUUGGUGCCCAGACCACUCCUGGGUUUGGUAACCAAGGUUCCAACGGCUUUGGUGGCUUUGGUGUGAAUAGUAACACCGGAUUUGGUGCCAAUAACGCCGGUGGCUUUGGUGGUAACACCAACACUACUCCUCAGUUCAACUUUGGCGGCAGCAAUAACCCUAACCCGGUGUUUUCCAAUCUGCUGAGUCGCCAGCCCAGUCCCGGGUUUGGUGGAACCCCGCAACCAAUGGGAGGUGACGCUUUUGGCGGUGGCCAAGCUACCGUCAUGGGGGGGACCGAUUUUAACGCUGGUCCUCCAGGCGAACGGAAAUUUGCCAGGAUGCGGGCCCGCCGACGCGGCACGGGCGGACGCUGA